AUGAAGUUGUACAUCCCUGGCGAGAUUCCACCUCAAUGCCAGCUCUAUGCUACCAAUACCGAUGUCAACAACGUCACUUUCGCCGUCUGUCCCGUCACAAAACGCACCAUCAACCCCACACAUAACCUCGCAAGCCGCCAACUCCAUCUUGCGGACGUCUCCAAGUCGCAUAUCUUAGCAAUACGCGACACUGCUAUGUGCGAAGCACCAACCGGCUUCGACGAGCGCCUUGCCUGCGGGAAGUUCGACGGGUGGUUCGUCCUUGCAUUUUUCAUACUAUUCUCCAUGAUCGGCUUGGCUUGGAUAAAACUCCGCAAGCACAAAACUCGUCGACUCGACGAAGAACAUGGGACUGCUACUUGGCCACGCCUUUCGAAGGUGUCAACUAAGAGCACCGAAGCCAAACUGAAGCCACAAGCUUUGAGGAUAUCAACUAACCGAUCCGAAGCGAAGCUGAGGGAGAAAAUUCGCAAAGCACAUGAGGAAGACCGACAUUUGGAUGAGGAGCUCAGCACAGAACAAUACGAAUCGGUGGCUUGGAGGAACGCAUCUCACCGUGCCGCACGAGCAAAUUUUGGGGGAAGUGUCAAGCAUGAUGCUGGACCUGUUGGCAUGCUGCCAGAAUUACCUGCGGAGCUGCCUGCUUAUCUUUUCGAGCCGUCAGCCCCUCGCUAA